AUGUCAAAACGAAAUCGUAGUAAACUUUCUCGAAAGCUUUCAGUUGAUCCUCGAGAUCCCAAUCAAAAGCGAUACUCUGUAAAUCAAGAACUUGAACAGCUCAACCAAAAUUUAUCCCAAAAAAUCGAAACUGUCGAACGACAAAUUCUUCUCCUUCAAAAAGAAACGCAAAGAAUCGAAAAAAGUAAGAAAUCACAAAUUGAAGAACUUCAAAACCCAGAUGAACUAAUUAAACAGCUUAAUUCACAAAUAAACGCAGAAAAGAAAGUUAUUGAACAGAACGAACAAAAGCAAAAAGAAAUUAAACAACAAAUGUUAAGUUUAGAUAAAGACCUUUCAUCCCUUAGCCAAAAGAGAGAUCAGCUUUAUCAAGAUUUUAUCGUUUUAGAUAAAGCGAAGAAAGACAUUAAAGAGGCAGAACAGAAGUUGCAAAGCCAGAAGAAUGAACAAGAGCUUAUUUUAGAAAAACUUAUGGUUUUAAAGAACGAUUUACACAUUUUAGAAGGUUUAGAACAAAAGACAGAAGCAGAAUCAAUUAACAAAGAAGUACAGCAACUAAAAUCAGAGCAAGAACAAUUUCAGCGAGAGAUUACUAAUAUUAACUCUGAAAUAGAAAAAAUACAAAAUAAUAAUCAAGUUUUUAUUGACAUUUAUAACAAAUGGAAGAAUAAGCUAUCAAACAUACCAAAACCAGACGAUUCACUUGAGAUUUUAGUAAACCAAUACAAAACUCAAUCAAAAUCACGAGAUUACGCUAAAAAACAUAAUCUGGAACAUCUUCAAGAGAUCAUUGUGAAUAACCAGAAUCUACAACAGACUAUAUUUAAGGAAAAGAAAGCAAACAUGAAACGAAUGAAACAGAUUCAACAAGUUAAGAUUGAAAUGAAAGCACAGACAUCUAAAAUGCACGAAAAACUUUUAAAGGAAGAGCAAAAAACGAUCAAUCAGAUUCAAUACAUUUUAAGUGAUGAAUAA